AUGUCUCAAGCUUCGAGAGCCUCAAUGAUGUCGGCACCAGAUUCACGUUUAGGAAAGCGUGUUUCUAUUAUUGAUAGAAAUCUAAACAAAACGAGAGGCUUGGAGGUUGGAAUAGGUGCUUUUGCAUUUCUUUUUUCAGAAAUGUUGCAAUAUGCUCAAAAGCGCGUACAUGGGAUUCAAGAUCUUGAACGCAAAUUAAAUGAUUUUGGUUAUCGAGUAGGAACACGCUUGCUAGAAUUAACUGUAUGGCGAGAAAAAAAUAAUAAGAGAGAAACGCGAGUUUUGGGAAUAUUAUAUUUUAUUCAUACGACAGUUUGGAAAGCCCUUUUCGGCAAACAAGCAGAUUCUUUAGAAAAGAGUACAGAACACGAAGAUGAAUAUAUGAUAUCAGAUAAUGAUCCACUGAUAAGCAAAUAUAUUUCUGUACCUAAGGAAUUAUCACAACUGAAUUGUAACGCGUUUCUUGCAGGAAUUGUUGAAGCAAUUUUAGAUGGAGCCCAAUUUCCAUCUCGAGUGACUGCACAUUCUUUACCUCAAGACGGUUUUCCAUUACGUACCACAAUAUUGAUUCAGCUAGAUAAAGAGAUCCUUCAACGAGAAGAGCAGCUUAAAUAA